AAUAUUCGUAUGUAAUUUUCAAAAAUUACGCAUAUUUUUGAAUAAUUGUUAUAGCAUUUGUUCAAUAAAUUUUAUAUCUCAUUGAAAUUCUAAGUUCUCAAAAAUCCUAAAAUUUAUAAUAAAUCGAAUCCUUCAAGAAAUGUAAGCAGCCGCAGCUCCGAAGCUCCCACAUACAUACAUACAUAUGUCUUCAUGUGUGCACUAGAAAUUUUCAUUCAGCAAUGAAAGUGUCCGAGUUCAGAGCGGAAAAAAUUACGCCACAUACAGGCGGGGGUAAUUGUGGCCUGCCGAUGUCGAUACAAGGAAUCAUCGAUGCAUUUGCGACAGAACGAGUCCUGGCGUUGCCAAGAGCCCUAACGGAAGAAUACAUGAAUUGUUCGGGCUUGGGCUAUAAACUGCUAAACAAUGAUUGGGACGAUUACUUUGUGGAAUUUCCUUGGCUAAUUGCGUUUCUCGUGUACUCAAUCAGUCUCCCCCUUCUGUGCAUAGCCUGGUGUUUUUGUCAAUUCCGACGCAAACGCCGUAGACGUUUUGAAAAAUCGCCUGUGCCUGCCUGGCGCCUCGUACUCACUUUGCUGCUCUUUUUACUCAAAAUCUUUUACUGCUUCUGUUUGUGGUUUACUUAUACAUCCUAUCGAAACCAUCCCAUUACAAAUACUGGGCCAGCAAAUUACAAUGACAAUCUGAUGCGAAUGUACUACGAGCAAACUUUGGAUGCAGUAGAUCGUAUUUUCAUUGAAAACAUCGAAAUCGUGCACGAAUUUAUGAAAGAAUUGUCUGGUGAUAUGAAAUCGAGUCUAAACCGGUCUGCACCGAAACUGAUUCAAGAUCCCAGUGACAGCAUGCUACUGAAAAUAUAUGCCGUUAGUAACACAAUUCAGCCGCUCGUAAAGAGCCUGCGGGCAGAUACAAAGCUGCUAGUAGCAGAUUUCAUGCAAUUAGCAGAUCUCACCCGAUUUUUCUAUCGAAAUACCACUACGUUUUUGAGUAAAGGCAACAUCUCAGAUCUAAAAUAUGCGGAGUUGAUUCAGAGAGAACUCAUGGCAAAUGAACAUAAAAUUCCAAUGCUAUUGAAUAUCGAAACUGUAUUAUCGAAUAUUGAUGACGUUGUGGAAAUGUCAAUAGGGUUUUUGCGUUUACGUGCAGCUUUCACAGAAAGCUUAAAUGACUUACAGCGCUACUACGAGGACUACUUAACCAAUAUGUGGGGCGUCAAAGUGAAACAAAUUGAAGAAAAUUAUGUGAAAAUUCACAAAGCGGUAAGGAAGCUUCAGAUCGAAUUGCCGCGGAAUGUUAUAAUCCAUUUGCCGUCAGAUAUUUAUUCAUAUCAAUUACUUUUCAUAAUAAUUGCUGUGAUCAUCGCCCUACUUUGCUUUAUACAGCUAUGCUAUUCGGUUUAUCACACGGUCUUAAUGCGCUUCAAGAAGAAAAAGUACAUUUUAGUGAGCAUCGUUGUUGUUAUUUGUAUUUCAUCGAUUAUACUCUGUCUGAUCGCAAGCCUUACGCUCUUCGUGGGCACAUCCUACUUUAACUUUAGGCGAGAUGCUAAUAGCCUCGACAAUCCAUGUGGCCUGGACACCAAGAUCUACUGCGAUACACGUAACAGAUUUAGUUCGAUACUCCAUGCAGAUACGCAGAAAUUCGAGUUGGAAAUGGCUGUUGAAAACCAACGCAUUUUUGAGACACUUCGUGACGCAUUGCCGCGCGUCGCUGGAAUUUCGAAUAUUUUGCAAAUGCUCCAUUAUGCGAAUUUCAGUGAAGAAGUCUUCAAUUCCGGCAAAAUGUUUAAUGUGGUGAAACAAGAAUUGAAUAUGCAGAAUUGGUAUGAGACUUACGAGCGUCUGAAUUUGCACGUUCCUGUUGCAGACCAGUCAACUGCCAGCGCAGAGCCCGCGCUCUACGCAUCGAUGCUCUCUUGCAAUUUGAACACAAUGAAAUUGCAUGUCUUUGAAACUCUGAUAGCAAAGGAUAUUACCGAUAAUGUGUAUGGAAUGUCGAAGAUGGCAGAAAUUUUGGCAAAACAUUUGCCCAUGAAAAAUCUGACGACGCUGCUGAAGCAAAGCCUGAGCGAGAUGCGUGUAUUGCACGAUUUUGUGGAAUUAGAGUUUAGGAACUUACUCUAUAAUAAGACAGAUCAACUGUUGCGCGGUGUUGAGCUGGAAAUGACGGCAUAUAUGCGCAACUGGGAUUUGAUACCUAACUGCUUGGAGUUGAAAUUGCCAAGUGUCGGCAUGCCCAAGGAUCUGUACGAAUGCAUUGAGUAUCGUUUGCAUGGCUUCUGGAUUGGCGCAUUCGCCAUACUUAUACUGCUCUUCCCGAUACUGAUCGUUUGCAUGUUGCUCGCAUUCCUCUACGAUAGGUUUCCUUAUACAAGCCAAAGUGGCAGAAAUAGUAGAUCCUCUCAAUAUGGCGACGAAUCAUUUAACACCGGCAGCACAACCACAACCGGCAAUGCAACAGCCGACGAUGAGUCAGUGAGUGAACCAUCUACACCGAAAGAACUUAAUUGGACUGAUCAAUUUGGACCGGAAGUAAACAAAUCACAUGUCACCUUCAAUGCCGUACCGGUGACGACGAAGCAGACGCGUAGCUUUAUGGACAAAUUCAGCACAGCGAAACUCAAGGAUUUUCUAUAUUCGGUAAUAAAUUCUACGCCAGGUGAGCCACCAGAAAUGGCGAGCUCACCUAAAUCUAGCCCUAGUGCCGGUACAAAUACUUCCGAAGAGGCGAGUGAAGAAAGUUAGAAAAUGCAAAAUUUUGAUAAUUCAUUUUGUGCGAAAUGUCGCUUUCUGGAAUGGUACAUAAAAUAGUAGAUUAUGUAGAUGAAAAGAAAAAUAAAUUAGCUGCGCGAAG